ACGUUUUCAGUCUGUGAGUAACUGCGUGACCUGCACGACGAUCGAGGAGCGAUCUUUGGCUCUUCUGCUUGAGCGAUUGAAAGACGUGAAAAGUGUGGAUCAAUCAAAAGAAAAACUGGGAAAGUGUGUGAAGAAAAUUAAUAAAAGAACAUUACAAGAUGGUGACAUGAAUACUUGAGUCAGGAUCACUCAGUGAUCAUGGCUGUUUGCAAAGAGAUAAGGAAGAAAUGUAUUCGAUUGGCUGGCACUUAGUUAUGGAUUGCGAAGGCGGCGGCAGCGGCGCAGAAGCAGAAGCACCAGGAGUCGGAGGUUCCAAGUUGCCAAUGGCCAGUGGCCAAGUGGCCAAGUAUCCAAGUAUCCGAGUCGCCAGAAGUUGCCGACUCACAAUGUGUGUGCGCAAAGGCUUUAAGAAAUGCCGAAUUCCAGAAGCUGCAGUACAAUCAGUUGAAUUAAAAAACGAGCGCACAGACAGUGGACGACGGCUGGAUGGGAUUCGGAUUCGGAUUGGGGAUGGGGUUUCUGGGGGCUCUGGAGGAUCGCCGGCGAUAUCAUCGCGUGGUGAGCCCGCGCUCACUAGGAAAUUAAGAGGACAUUGUGGCGGCAUGCGGUUAGAACUCGCUGCGGCGGCUUAAACACAAAAUCCGCAGAGGAGAUUCCUUGGGUUCCUGCGUUGUUGGUGGCUUUUGGACAGCUGGACGCUGGCUGACAGAGGUCGCCCUCGUACGUAAUCGACGAGCAUUGCAAAUGCUUUUGUCCUCCGCCUGCGUCUUGUGCUGCGCACGUGGCCAUGUUGCAGCCGCAGCAGCAGCAGCAGCAGCAACUUGCAACAGCAGCAACAUCAGCAGCAGCAGCAGCAACAGCCAAACAGCAAAUCAUUGAAAUGUCGUUAGAGGCUCGAGCGGCACGCAGCUUCGAUAGUCAGCGAAACCGCAAAAUGCUUUUAAUUUCUCAAACUGAUAUGCACCCGUGCUCCCACUGGCGUGGAGGAAAAGCUGGGCCAGAGGUUCAGUUUGGCUUGUUUCUUUUAGAUUUUGCCUGCUGGUAAAGACCAAUGAUGAGGUAUUAAGAGGGUAGGGAUCAGAACAUUUGUUUUGAUCAGAAAACUUGACAAACUCAACUAUGAACUCAAGGAUUUCCUUAGGGAACUGAAAUUUUACUGCUUUAUCAGGAAGUAACAAGUUUGAAGAAGAGUAUCCCAUAAAAAGAAUUGAGUUUUUAAGUGAAAUGUAUAAGUUUAUGUUAGGAACCAUAGCUGAAUCGCCCAUUAAAGUCUAGUCAAAUCAGACCAUUUUAAAGAAAAUAUAUGAAGUUGUCUGGAGAAAAUGAAAAUAUUUAGAUUGGAGUAAGUUGACAAUAAAAUAAUCCAUGUAUUCUCAAUCCAUAAGUUUAAAGACAAGAAAAUGAUCAAUAAGAAUUUAUAAGAGUUGUAAGUAAAAUGUGUUCCAAAAAACUUCUGUCAAUUCCGAUAAUAUAAUAUUAUAAUAAUAUCUCCUAAGUCAUGUCAACACUAGGAAACGCAAAUUAAAUUUUGAAAUAAAUACGAAAUCAUAAAAGCCAACAAACUUGCACCU